AUGUUAAAUGGUCUUGGAUUGAAAUGCAUUUGCAAUCCAGUUGAUUGCGAUGUGAUUCGAGAGAAUGAUUGUCCAGGAAAAGGAUUGACAGUGUGGGACUCGUGCAAAUGUUGCAAAGUUUGCUAUAAGAUACUCGGAGAAAGUUGUGAAGGGCCAGGUACAUGUGAACCUUCAUUAGAAUGUGUUUAUAACCCUCCAACAUCAAGUACCGGAAUUUGCGAAAACUUAACGUCAUCUUCAACGGAUGACCCUGAAGAAUGCGAAAAGGUUCCCAAAAUUCUGAUUAUAUCAAAGAAAUGUAAACUCGUGAACGUAUGCAGACAACUAGCAAAGGGAUGGGACUUUCCUACUAUAGAGGAUUGUAAGCUCAAUUUAGAUAAUCUUCUUCAAAAGGAAAUUGAUGCUGAUGACUUUGCAACAGUUUCAAAUAAUCAUUAGUAAGAAACGGAAUUAGCUAAAUAGUGUUAAGAAUAAGCUUUUAAUAAAUAAAAGAAGAGUGAAAUCAGCAGCAAUAAUAAUAAGUGUUGAACCAAGAUGAGAAUCCGGAUAAUGAACAAAGCAUUCCAAAUAUGAAAUUGACAAGAAGAACGUGUUUCAGCCAAUUUCAUUUCCUCAGCUCCAACUUUAACAAUCAAUCAAAAGACGAGAAACAAAACACAAAAAAUAGCAAUAUCACUGUAAGUAAUAGUGAAAAGCUAAAGUAAGAAUAUAAUGAGAGUUGAAGUUAAAGUGAAAAUUUGAGUAGUGAAAUCAGAAUAAUUAAAUGAGAUCUAAAAAAGGCAAUAACUAUUGAUUUUGUAGAAUUAGCAAAAGCAGAAAAUCUUUUGCAGCUUUUCUAAUUAGACUAUAGCAUUUCAAAACAUACAACUCUUUGUUUUGCCCUCUCUUGCUUCGAUUUCUUUUUAAAUAUAUCAAACAACGAUGACAAUGUAUAUCAAAGUCAAAUAUUUACAUUUAAAUUACCGAAAAUUAGAUUAAAUUGAACAACAUUAAAUGAGAUAAUUGAUGCUAACAGAACGCAAUGAUAUGGUACAAAUUCUCAUGCAAACGUUACAUAAAUUCUGUUUUAUUCAUAAAUACUUAUGUAUGUAAAUACUAUAAACAAAUUCAUAAAAGAAUCUAUUUAAGCUUUUAUAUUUGAAAAUCAAAAAUAAUUGAAUCAUAACAAAUAAGUCAAAACAAAUGCUUUAAUCUUUUGAAAUAUCAUUAAUUAAUUAACAAUUAGGAUGUUACUCUUUCAUUAAAUUCAUCUAAGUAGAUGACUGAUGUACAAAAUUAAUUUAGCUUUCAAAUUUGUCGC